AUGAGCGGGCAGCGCGUGGACGUCAAGGUGGUGAUGCUGGGCAAGGAGUACGUGGGCAAGACGAGCCUGGUGGAACGAUACGUGCACGACCGCUUCCUGGUGGGGCCCUAUCAGAACACCAUCGGGGCAGCCUUCGUGGCCAAGGUGAUGUCCGUUGGAGACCGGACGGUGACUUUAGGUAUUUGGGACACAGCAGGCUCUGAGCGCUACGAGGCGAUGAGCCGAAUCUACUACCGGGGUGCCAAGGCUGCCAUCGUCUGCUACGACCUGACGGACAGCAGCAGCUUUGAGCGGGCAAAGUUCUGGGUGAAGGAACUGCGCAACCUAGAGGAGGGCUGUCAGAUCUACCUGUGCGGCACCAAGAGUGAUCUGCUGGAGGAGGACAGGCGGCGUCGACGUGUGGACUUCCACGACGUCCAGGACUAUGCAGACAAUAUCAAAGCUCAGCUCUUUGAAACAUCCAGCAAGACAGGCCAGAGUGUGGACGAGCUCUUCCAGAAAGUGGCAGAGGAUUACGUCAGUGUGGCUGCCUUCCAGGUGAUGACAGGGGAAGCUGCCAGGACCAGACUUCCUUCCUGCCAUUCUGUUCUCAUGAUGUGACCUGGGAGUCCAGCUCCAAAUGAGAACAUGAACCAUACCCCCUCAACGCUAUGCUUGGGAAGACCAAGGGGCUGUUACAAUUACGGCAGAGAACAAAGAGCACCCUAAAUGGAUUUUAGCACCAACCUGCUGGUCGCUUGGUUAGAUUGAGACAGUCAGCGUGGUAAACUUUUGGGCAGCCUGGCUUCUUGCAAGAGACGAGCUGGCCAGCAUCCCCACAGCUGAAACACUCAUCCUCUCUCUCCUUUGUGAUUUCACCCUGGGUCCUGCGCUUCCCCUGUUGCUUCUUCUUAAAUUUCUUUGACUUUUCUUCCGUGGCAAUGGGUUGAUUCUAGAGGUCAGAUAUUGAGCAGUCAGCAUUCUGUCGAUACAUUAGUUGUAUGAUCUUGACCAGGUUAACUAUUCUCUCUGAGCCUCAGUCUCUCCUCUGGGAAGAGACAAUCCUCAUAGACUGUUGUAAAGAUAAGAGAAAAUACAGGAAAGGCACCUGGCACAUCAUAGGUACCCAAUAAAUAGUUGCAUUAAUUCUAACUUUUCUAUGAACUACUCCUGCCACCUGCAUGAAGUAAGAGAAAUAAACUUUUUUGUUAACAUA